CAACAGGUUGCAGUUUGACUGUGCGCUUCGUACUCUGUACAAUUCACAUACCAUGUUGUCGAACAAAUUUAAAACGCUCGUGCUGUUGAUCGUUAUCUCUGCUUUAGUCGCAGCUGGUAAAUUUGAUGCGAAACGUGACGUAUUUUACGAGAUGUAUUGUCGAUUUUCGAAUCAUUCAACUGCCACAACGUUGCAAGAAAUCGAUUCAAAUAUUUUGAAUAACGACAAUUUUAUUUUGAAUGGUGAAAAUGAUAAUCGAACGUUGAUCGGUGUGCAAAAUUGCAGAUGGAAUUGGCAUCCCAAUAGGCCGACCCGACUUUUUAUUCACGGUUAUUUCAGUGAUCAGGAUACAUUGCAGAAAUACGCGCACGCUUUUUUGGAACGAGACGAUUUUAAUUUCAUUGCAAUUAAUUGGUUACGUGGUGCAAAAACGAUUAAUUAUGUAAAAGCCAGACAUCGAAUUCGCGAGGUCGGACAAGCUGUCGCUCGAUUCAUUGAUUAUUUGGUUACGCUCGGAUUGAACUUAGAUGAACUCACAUGUGUCGGUCAUAGCUUGGGCGCACAUACGUGCGGAAUUGUAGGCAAAAACAUUAAGUCAGGAAAAUUGGCAACGAUAAUUGCACUAGAUCCAGCGUUGCCACUGUUUCAUUUGAAAGAUGAGAGUUGCCGGUUACAUUAUAGCGACGCAAAUUACGUUCAAGUCAUUCACACGAGUGGAGGUUUUUUGGGUGUUAAACAUCCCAUUGGUCAUGCUGAUUUCUAUCCAAAUUUUGGAUGUGUACAACCAGAAUGUGCGAGUAUUAUUCCAUUUGUUGGUGAGGUCUGCUCACACACCCGCGUACAUGAUCUGUUUAUCGAGAGUUUGAAGCGCACAUCUCGAUUUUUGGCAACAAAAUGUUUAUCAUAUGGCGAAAUAUACGAUGAAAAAUGCUCGGAGCACGGUGAAAACGCAUUGAUGGGUGGCGAUCUUGUGAAUCUUAUCAGUCGUCCAUUGGGCUUAUACUACUUGCAAACUCGUGGAAAAUCACCGUUUGCUAUGAGACAUUUGUUUUAAUAGUUUUUACUAUUACUAAUGAGAUUACUUUAUCCAAAAUUCAAAUAUAAAAUGAUUAUUUUAUAAUAUUUCGAAUCUUGUCAAUCAAAAUGCUAGUCGACGGAUAUUAAGUUUAGAAUCUGUUACCUGAAACAGUAAAAUGAAGAGAGAAAAAUUGAACAAUAUUUUGCAAAAAUAUAAGAGGAAGCGAAAAUCAACAAGAAUUAUAUUAAAAAUAAAAGAGACCUUGCGAGGUCAAAGAUAAUGGAUUUAUAUUUAAAAUGA